AUGAUUGAAGAAAGUAAUUAUCAUUCAGAACAAGGGAAUAAAUAUUAAAAUUAAUUAGAAAGAAGAAAAAGUAGUGCAUAGUUUUAGGAAACUUCUACAAUGAUGAAUCCAAGUACUGCACAUCUUUCAAGAAAUGCAUCGUAUUCAAUGCCUCACGAAAGUCAAAUAAAUCCUUAGAGUAAAAGAAGUGAAUAAAAUAAUAGUACUUGCAAAAAUAGCUGCAAUGGUUCCAUACAAUUAAGACAAUAAAAAGAAGUUUUUUCGAGUUGAUCAUGUUCUAAAAUUAAAAAAGAAACCAGAUCCUUUUGAGGAAGAAUAAGAAAAUGAAAUAAGAAAGAACUUGUAAUUAUCACCUGAAAUAGUGAAAGAAGAUUUAUAAAACAAGCCUUUAGUAGGACCUCAAUCAGUCUAACUAUAUUAUCAACAUUAUAAGAAAGUGAAUAAAGUUCGUUAGCAAAACGAGUUCUAUAAAAUAUCAGGUAAGUUUUAGAUAAAUAAAUAGAUAGUGUGUAAACUGCAAUGCUUCGUUAAGCAGAAUAAAUUGAUGUAUUGCCAUGUAAGAUAGGGGUAAUAAAAUCAAAAGGAAAUGAUUAAUCUCUUUAAAUUAGUCAUUAGAAAUAUGGAGAUAGAUAUGCAUCAAUGUUAAGCGAAGGAUUAAAGGUGAAUCCAAAUAUUAAAGAUUUUUAUAUGGCAAAUAAUAGAAUUUAAAGUUCAGGAGCAACAUAAAUUUUGAGUUAAAUAGGUAAAGUGGCUAAAGUUUUGGAUCUUUAAUAAAAUAAUAUUGGUAAAAUAGGAACAGAUUCAAUUUGUUAAUAGAUUUAAUCUCGAGAAAACAAGUAAGUAUAAGAAUAAUAAUAAUAGAUUGGAAGUAUUAAAUUUAGAAGAUAAUAAAUUGGGAGAUAGGAAUGUUACUCGUAUUUUAAAAGCAUUGUUAAAUAGUAAUAAUAAAUUGAAAUCAUUAAAUAUAAGCAAAAACUACUUAACAAAUGAAAUUGCUGAAAUUUUAAAGGAAAGCAUAAUUUAACUGGAUAAUAUGGAGUAAUUAUAUAUUCAUUGGAAUUAAAUAAAAGGUUGGGGAGGAUAGAAAAUUUUUGAAGCUUUGAUAGAGAAUAAGACUUUAUUAGUAUUUGAUGCAGGUUGGAAUAGUUUUGGAAUAUAAGAGAGAAAGGAUGUAUAAUGUAUACAAAAGAUAUGUGAUUUUUUAAUAAAUAACAAAACUGUAUUGCAUUUUGAUUUAUCAUCUAACUAAUUUAGUCUAGGCGAUUGUAAGUUGAUAGCUAAUGCAUUAAAAUAGAAUAGAACAAUAUAUGGAUUUCAUUUUGUAAAUAAUUGGGGUAUUAUUGAUGCCAGAGGAUUUCUGUAGAUUUAGGAAAAUGAAUUGUAGAGAGUAUUAGGAGAAACUCCUAGAAUUAAAGGAUUGUUGUAAACUACUACAAUUAGAUAAGAGAAUGUCUGUUGGAUUUGUGAAGGAUGGUAAGAAUAAAAGUUUAUUUGGAUACCUGAUGUAUCAGGAGAAGGUGAAGCAGAUCCUUUAUUUAUUCAUUUUGAUUUUGAAGCUUACAAAUAAGUGUAUAUCCCUAAGAAUCAGGAUCAAAUAUCUAUAUCUUUGAUGAUUCCUACAAAUAAUACCUAAUAUAUUUAUACAAUGAUUGAUACAUAAGUAAUUGCUAAUGAUUAACCAAAUAUGCCUUAUGGACAUCAGUUGAAAAUUAAUUAUAAUGGUAAUUACAUAACUGUUUUGAUGGAUAAUGUAAACUAUGUCAAAAAAGAUAAACAUUUUUUAUUAUUUGACUAAAUAGAAUUUAAACCAUUAAUUAAUGUUCUUCCAAGAACGCCAGACCCUGUGUAUAUACCUCCAAAGUUGAAAAAAUAAAAAAGGAUCUGGACAUUUCCUAUUUCUAUUUGGGCUAAAGAUUUCAAAUUUGAAAAUGAAGAUUUGUUAAAGAAAUGUUUUGAAAAAGACUUUGGAUGUAGUAAAAUAUCAAAAAUUGUCAAGAAUCCUGAUGAAUUAUUAGAAAUUAAGAAUGUUUUGUGGGCACAUUAUAGAAUAAUUAAAGAAACCUAUAAAUAAUACAGUUCUAACAGUCCAACAGGUGAUGUUUGGUCAAUAUCUUCAAAUGUUAUCACUGAAUUCGCUUAAUAAACUGAAUUAAUAGAUGGUAAAACUUUGAAAUUAUCUGAUUUGGAUUUGAAAUUUAUUGCUACAUGUGCAGCCUCAAUUGAAUACAAAGGAAAUUUUAGAAAUCCUGAAAGAGCUCUUUGUAGAUUUUAAUUUAUGGAAUUUCUUGUAAGAGUUUCUGAAGAUAAAUAUUUAAAGACUAAAGUUGCAACUAAUAUGUUAGAGGCAACUAAAAUGAUAUUAGAAUAAUGUAAACCAUAUAUGUCCACUUUUGAUGCACAGAAAUGGAGAGAUGAGAGAUAUUUCAAUGAAUAAUGCGAUGAUUGCCUAAAAUUAUUUAAACCAUUACUUAAUCAUAUUUAUAACAAAUAUAGUGUAAAGAAAGUGAAACCGGGAUAAAAGAAAUUUAUGUGUUUAGAUGAAAUUCAUGAAAUAUGUUCUUAAGCCAGUUUAUAUGAUGAAAGAUUCGUUGAAAGAGAUGCUGAUAAUGUAAAUAAAUAAAUAAAAUUAGGCUUUUAAUUUGUCAAUGAUGCUUUAAGUUGAUGAAUUAGAAAGUGAUAGAAUCUUUUAGAUGACUUUUAUCGAAUUCUUAGAGGCAAUUGGAAGAAUUGCUGAUAAAGUCUCUAUGCCUGGAGUUGAUGCAGUUGAUUUAACCUGGGAUCAAAGAGCUUCUUAACCACUUCAUUUGAAAUUAGAGAAAUUGUUAAUCCAUUUAGCAAAUACUUGUGCAUCUGAAGAAUUCAAGUUACAGUAUGGCAAUAUUAAUAAAUCAAUGUUUGCAGUUAUUGAAGAAGAUGAUUGA